AUGACUCCAAGUGGAGAACGCCCAGUCGCCUUCGCUUCCCGCACACUCAAUGAAGCAGAGAAGAAGUACAGCCAGCUCGACCGGGAAGGUCUCGCCCUGGUAUUCGCGGUGAAGCGAUUCCACAGCUUCCUCUACGGUCGAUCGUUCACGCUGAGAACGGAUCACAAGCCUCUACUGGGACUGCUUGGCAAGACCAAAAACUUGCCAGACGCUGUUCCGCCCCGCAUGAAGGUCCUGAGACUGCUCCAUGAAGGACAUCCCGGCAUCUGCACCAUGAAGCGCCGAGCCCGUGGCCAGAUCUGGUGGCCCGGAAUGGAUACCGACAUUGGAGAUGUGACCAAAGUCUGUGAUGCCUGCCAGCUGAAUCAACCAGCUGCGCCGAAGGUGGCAUCCCAACCAUGGCAGUACCCAGACGCUCCGUGGCAGCGAGUCCACGUGGACUAUGCUGGUCCUGUAGAAGGGAAGAUGCUCCUCAUCAUAGUAGACGCAUACAGCAAGUGGCCUGACGUCUGGAUCACCAACAACGUCAGCGCUCAAACAACCAUCGAUCAUCUCCGCAUGACGUUUGCCACGCACGGUCUUCCAGAAGUGAUCGUGAGUGACAACGGUGGCUGCUUCACCAGCAAGGAGUUCGGCGAGUUCAUGAGCGCCAAUCAGAUCCGCCACGUCUUCACUCCACCGCUGCACCCGGCAUCAAAUGGCCAAGCCGAGAGCAUGGUCAAGCUGGUGAAGAACGGCAUCAAGAAGCAGAAACCAGCACCGCUGCUCACGAAGCUCCAAAGAUGGCUGUUCCACGCCUCCAGCGUCAUCAACUACAGCACAGCCAGUGACGCUUCCUCCGGCCGCUGA